AUGGCCGAAGUCGUCGGCCUCGUCGUCGGCCUUGUCGCUCUGGUGCCGCAAUUGACGGCCGGCGUGAAGAUGCUGCGCCAGAUUCGCAACGCAGACGACCGCUUCCCUGUUGAAAUAGACAGGCUUGCAUGCGAUCUCGAACUGCUGGUCACGUUCGUCGAGGCGCUGGAAGCCACGCCUGGCGUCACCGAGCCGGUUUUCCAGCGUUGCUGCGAGUGCUGCACGCAGAUUGCCCAAGGCCUUGACAAGGUCAGGGGCAUGGUCUCUUUGGUGACGACGGGUAGCAAAAGCAAAGAGUCAUUAGGAAGAUCACGGGCUUGCCGGGCUUGCGGACCGCCGUUGAGGCUCUGCAGCAGAAUGUGA